AUGGUGUUUUUCCCUGAGAAUGCCUCGGACAGUUCGAACUGCACCCAUGCUCAGGAGCCAGUGAAUAUCUCCAAGGCCAUUUUGCUGGGUGUGAUCUUGGGCGGCCUCAUCCUUUUUGGGGUGCUGGGAAACAUCCUGGUGAUUCUUUCUGUAGCCUGCCACCGUCACCUCCAGUCUGUCACCCACUACUAUAUCGUCAAUUUGGCAGUAGCUGACCUGCUCCUCACCUCCACAGUGCUACCCUUCUCCGCCAUCUUGGAGAUCCUGGGCUACUGGGCCUUUGGAAGGAUCUUCUGCAACAUCUGGGCAGCUGUAGAUGUCCUGUGCUGCACUGCCUCCAUCAUGGGCCUGUGCAUCAUCUCCAUUGACAGGUAUAUUGGGGUCAGCUACCCACUGCGUUACCCUACCAUCGUGACUCAAAAGAGAGGACUCUUGGCUUUGAUGUGUGUCUGGGCUCUCUCCCUGACCAUCUCCAUUGGACCUCUCUUUGGCUGGAAAGAGCAGCCCCCAGAGGAUGAGACCAUCUGCCAGAUCACCGAAGAGCCAGGCUACGUGCUCUUCUCCGCCCUGGGAUCCUUCUACAUCCCCUUGGCCAUCAUCCUGGUGAUGUAUUGCCGAGUGUAUGUGGUGGCCAGGAGGGAAAGUAAAGGCCUCAAGCAUGGCCUGAAGACAGACAAGUCAGACUCAGAGCAGGUGACACUCCGGAUCCAUCGAAAAAACGCUCCCUCUGCCAGCAGCUCUGGAUCGAGCUCCAAGAACAAGACACACUUCUCUGUGAGGCUUUUAAAGUUUUCCAGGGAGAAGAAAGCAGCAAAGACUCUGGGCAUUGUAGUGGGCUGCUUCAUCCUCUGCUGGCUCCCCUUCUUCUUAGUGAUGCCAAUUGGGUCUUUCUUCCCUGAAUCUAAGCCCUCGGAUACUGUUUUUAAAAUAGCCUUUUGGCUCGGAUACUUAAACAGCUGCAUCAACCCCAUCAUCUAUCCUUGUUCCAGUCAAGAGUUUAAAAAGGCAUUUCAGAAUGUCCUGAGAGCCCAGUGUCUACGAAGAAAACAGUCCACAAAACAUGCCAUUGGCUAUACCCUCAACCCACCCAGCCACGCCAUAGGAGAGCACAAGGACUUGGUGCGUAUCCCAGUGGGAUCAGGGGAGACCUUCUAUAAGAUCUCCAAGUCAGAGGGGGUCUGCGAGUGGAAAUUUUUCUCUUCCACAUCCAGUGGGCCCACUAGGAGUGCUGUAACCCAUGACCAAUCCACCUGCACUUCAGCCCGAGUGAGAAGCAAAAGCUUUCUGAGGGUCUGCUGCUGUGUGGGGUCCUCAGGCCCAGCCGUCCAAGAGAAUCGCCAACUACCCACCAUUAAGAUCCACACCAUCUCCCUCAGUGAGAACGGGGAGGAGGUCUAA